AUGAAUCAAUGCGAGCAGAUAUUCGAAGGUACUGUUUUAGUUGGAGCAAAUCAGUGCUCAUCUCUAGUUAUCAGAUCUGAUUGCACAGAAAUCGGACCUGAAGCCUUUGCUGAUUCAGACAUAACUUCAAUCGACUUCGCAAACGCAGUUCAAUUAAAGAAAAUCGGAUUUAGAUCAUUUCAUAAUUGCAAAAAUAUAAAAGAAUUAAUUUUACCUCAAAGUCUUCAACAACUUGGAAGUAAUUCAUUUUCAAGAUGUUCUUCAUUAGAAUCAAUCGUUUUCCCACAGAAUCUUCAAUUUAUUGGAAUUGGCGCUUUUGCAUUUUGCGAAUCGAUAAAAUCAAUUAACUUACCAACCAAUCUAAGGGAAAUCUCUGCACAUUUAUUCCUUGGAUGCACAAAUAUUACAAAAGUGACAAUCCCAGACAAUUAUCAUUCAUUAUUAUCUAGUUGCUUCGAAAAUUGCAGUUAUCUUCAGAGAAUAGAGUUCCCUUCUAACCUCUAUAUGAUUGGAGAUAGAGCAUUAUAUGGAACAUGCAUAUGA